CUUUAAGUCUACGUAAUGGCGAGACUCUGAUUUGAUGCUUUGUAGCGGUUCAGACACCUCACAUAAUCAAAACAACAGAACCAAGAGUCUACGAUACGACAAAGUUGCAGAUUUUAAACAUCAUGCCUGUGGCAGCCACCGGCACAGAGCAUUUGCUCCAGAUGCUGGACACUGUGAGUGACAGCAACAGCUCCACCACUGCCAAUGAUCUGGACCUCAUCUUCCUCAAGGGCAUCAUGGAGAGCCCAGUGAGCCCAGAGAGCCUCGAGGAGACGCGACUGGAGGCCGUGAGGGACAAUAAUGUAGAGCUGGUGCAGGACAUCCUGAGAGAGCUCAGUCCCUUUACACACCACAGCAACACGGCUGCUGAGCUCUCUCACAUUCUCAACCAGCCACACUUUCAGUCACUGCUGGAGACCCACGACUCUGUGGCCGCCCAGACUUGCGAGACUCCGCCCAGCAGCCCCUGUGCUUUUAUGGAACCGCCCAUCAACAGCAUCCCGGUACCAGCUGAUGCCAUACGCAUGGUGGGCAUACGGAAAGUGGCUGGGGAGCACUUGGGUGUGACGUUCCGUAUUGAGAAUGGAGAACUUGUGAUUGCACGUAUUCUUCACGGUGGGAUGAUCGAUCAGCAGGGUCUGCUCCACGUAGGUGACAUCAUCAAAGAGGUGAAUGGGAAAGAGGUUGGUGAUGACCCACGUGUGCUGCAGGAGAUGCUACAGGAGACCAGCGGCAGCGUGGUGCUCAAAAUCCUGCCCAGUUACCAGGAGCCACACCCACCCAGACAGGUUUUUGUGAAGUGUCAUUUUGAUUAUGAUCCGGCCAAUGACAACCUCAUACCUUGCAAAGAGGCGGGACUUAGGUUCUCAAGCGGAGACAUUCUUCAGAUUGUUAACCAGGAAGAUGUAAACUGGUGGCAGGCAAGUCAUGUAGAGGGAGGCAGCGCUGGACUGAUUCCCAGUCAACUUCUGGAGGAGAAGAGGAAAGCUUUUGUAAAAAUAGAUGUGGAGCUUUCACCAGCAGCUAAUCUCUGUACUGGAAUUGUCGGCAAGAAAAAGAAGAAAAUGAUGUAUCUGACUACAAAAAAUGCAGAGUUUGACAGGCACGAGUUACUGAUCUAUGAGGAGGUCGCAAAAGUCCCUCCGUUUCGCAGGAAGACGCUGGUUCUGAUUGGUGCGCCUGGAGUGGGCAGACGAAGCCUGAAGAACAAGCUGCUUGUGUCGGAUCCUCAGCACUUUGGCACCACUAUUCCCUACACCUCUAGGAAGCCUAAAUCAGGAGAAAGAGAGAGUAUGAUGUAUGCUUUCACAUCCAAGAGUAAGAUGGAAACUGACAUCAAAGCUGGCCGCUACCUUGAACAUGGUGAAUAUGAUGGUAACCUCUACGGCACCAAGAUCGACUCCAUCCACGAAGUAGCAGAGGCUGGACGCAUCUGCAUCCUGGACGUCAACCCACAGGCCCUAAAGAUCCUCAGGACAUCAGAGUUUCUACCAUACGUGGUGUUCAUCAAAGCUCCUGAGUUUGAGGUGCUAAAAUCCAUGAAUAGAUCUGGGAUUGAAGCAGGAGUGGUGACCAAACACCUAACCGACGCAGAGAUAAAGAGGACGGUGGACGAGAGUGCCAAGAUUCAGAGAGUGUACGAACCCUACUUUGACCUCACCAUAGUAAACGAUGACUUGGAUCAGUCAUACAGAAACCUUAAGGCCGCAUUAGAAAAACUGAAGGGAGCGCAACAGUGGGUCCCAGUUGGGUGGGUCUUUUAAAUGUAAAGCAUGAUGGAGCGCAGCACAGCAGCAAGUAUUGAGUGCUACCCAGAUCAUAUCAUAAACCUUGUGCCAAUGUUACCAGUCUGAGAAACGUAACUUCUCCAUGUUUCAUCUCUGAAGUCUAUUUUUAUUAUUAUUAGGCUCUGUUAGAGUAAACUGUAGUUGCAUCGUCUCAUGUCAACCAUAGUUUGUUUUCUUAUACAUUCCCAAUACAGCUCUAUUUUAGGAAGGAAUAUAUUUACAUUGAAUGAUACAAUUUGAACACUGAGAUUACUGUGAUGAGUACAUCAUAGAAACAGUAGGCAAAUAUUGCCUAAAAUAAUAUUUUGAUACACUCAUCGUGCAGUAUUAUGCAGACAUGUAGGGGUUUCCGAUGGCCGUUUUUAUAGAGCUUUGAGUUUAGUCAACUUUAUAUUUGCAUAUCCUCUUUACAAUUUUGUGGCAAUAAAUUUUCAUUAAAAAAAGAUCAAGAGACCAAAUAUCGUUUUUACACAUUAAACAAGUGUUUGAGCAUGACAUUAAGACUUGUUUAUAAAAAGACCUUUGAAGAUCUCGUUUGUGUAAAAUCACUGCAUGUGUCUGUGUAUUAAGGUCAUCUGCUCUUACUAGCUGCAAACAUCAUGACGUAUUUAUUAUAAUGCUGUAAAUGCUUAUUCGAUGACUACAUGUCUUUUUCUUACAGGCAAAUCCUCUCUACUUUUUUAUUCUAUAGAAGCAUAAUUUUUCUCAAAUGCUAAUUUAUAUUCACCAAUUAUCAUUCAUGGCAAUUAUAUUCAACGAUAUCUCAUGGCAAUUCGUAUGUAUUUUACAAGGUGGCUAUAAUACGUACGGCCAAAUUUGUUUAUUUUUCUACGAUUUGGUUUUGCGUCGCGACGUUGGGGUUAGGGUUGGGGUUUCAUUCACUGUUUUUUUUAUAAUACUUGUAUGUUUUGUACGAUUCACUUCGUAUGAAUACGAAUUUGCCAAAUCGUAAAAUAUGUAUGAAUUCUUGUGAGAUCAGGCUGUUUAUACUUGCCGUGAAUCCUGGCAGCUACUGUUUAUUGGUUUAUAUUGUUUAUAUUUAUGUGCAAUGUGUGUGUGUGUGUGUGAAUCAGAAUUUUAGUUUUGAUAUUACAUUUUCUACAUUUGAUCAGAUUAUGGUAUUAGCUAAAAUCAUGUUUCACUUGCAAAAUCACUGUAUGUUUUCAAGAACAAUCUGUAAAUGCCUGAUGUUUCAAAUAAACGUUUGGGGA